CACACCCGCCCGCAGCACCCCGCAGCACCCGGGGACCGCCAGUCGCGAUGAGCAUGCACCCGGCGCGGCAGGCCUACGUCGAGGAGGCGAACGGCCCCGACGAUGCCAUGGAGGGCAUUGACUACGCGAGCGUCCCGCUGGACCGCAACCACGCCAUGCCCGGCGGCGGCGGCAAUGCCAUGGCCUCGGACCUGCUCGCCGACUUCGAGCGCAAGAAGCGCGCCGCCAACCUGAUCGUGCCCACCGCCGACCGCGACGUCAAGCUGCGCCUGCGCGCCCUGCGCGAGCCCAUCACCCUCUUCGGCGAGGGGCCCUCGGAGCGCCGCGACCGCCUGCGCGCCCUGCUGGCAGACGCCGCCGAGGCGGGUGGUGAGGAUGCCGAGGAUGUCGUCAUGGAGGAGCAGGACGCGCCCGCCGACGAGCAGGAGGAGUUCUACACGGCCGGCACCCAGGCCCUGCUGGACGCCCGCCGCGACAUGGCCCGCUACUCGCUCCCGCGCGCAAAGGCCCGCAUCGCCUACCAGCGCGAGGAGGCCGCCAUCCCGCUGAAAGCCCACGUCGAGCACCGCAACGCCAUCAAGGACACCCUCAAGGGCUUCGAGCUGUACGGCUCGCAGACCGCCGACCGCCCCGUCAGCAUCGUGCGCGUCUCGCCCAGCGGCCAGUACGUCGCCUACGGCACCUGGGGCGGCAAGGUCGGCCUGCUCGAAAUCCCCUCGCUCGACCACAAGCAGACCUACCGCGGCGCCCACACCGAGCGCACCACCGGCAUCGACUGGGCCCCCGGCGCCACCCUGCCCACCAGCAACAUCUCCCCCGACAGCCUCAACCUCGCCUCGGGCGGCGCCGGCGGCAAAAUCCAGCUCUGGUCGCUCACCUCCCCGAAGCCCCUCCAGACCCUCGCCGGCCACUCCGACCGCGUGUGCCGCCUGGCCUUCCACCCGUCGGGCCGCUACCUCGCCUCCGCCUCCGACGACACCACCUGGCGCCUGUGGGACGUCGAGACGGGCGCAUCGCUGCUCGCCCAGGAAGGCCACUCGAAAGAAGUCUACACCGUCGCCUUCAACCCAGACGGCGCGCUCGUCGCCUCCGCGGGCCUCGACAGCAUCGCCCGCGUGUGGGACGUGCGCACCGGCCGCGUCGUCUUCAUGCUCGAGGGCCACAUCAAGCCCAUCUACGGGCUCGCCUGGGCCGCCGACGCCCACCGCCUGCUGUCCGGCUCCGGCGACGGCUUCCUCAAGUGCUGGGACGUGCGCGCCAUGCGCACCACGAACUCUAUCGCCGCCAACUCCGGCGGCGUGACUGACGUGCGCUGGUUCGAGGGUGCCGACGGGCCCGCGAGCGGCGUCCCGCUCCAAAAAAACCCCGACGGCGAGCCGCUGCCCAAGAAAGCGUCCACCUUUGUCGUGUCUGCGGGGUUUGAUAAGAACGUGCAGGUCUUCUCCGCGGACGACUGGGCGCUGUGCAAGACGCUGCAGGGCCACGCGGGGCCCGUGUUCAGCGCCGAUGUGACGCGCGACGCAAAGUGGAUUGUGAGCGGCGGCAAGGACCGCACGGUGAAGCUGUGGGCGCGGGAGGAUGGGCGGGGGAUUUAAGAUGCGCGAGAAAGAAGCUCUGGAUCAUGGAUCACGGAAUUAUGGUAUUGGAGUGCGCGGGGUAGAGUCUGAUCACGGAACCACGGGAUCGCGGUAUUGAAGAGACGCGGGCGCACACGCACGCAGACGACGUGCCGCGCGGAGCAGGAGGGGAAAGCUGGAUGCCACGACGGAGCGAGAUGCGAUGAUAGAUGGACGCAUACCUCUCCAUAUCAGAGAGAGGGUAGGACACUCUACGCUUGAAUACACUACAAGAUACUGGUCUGUUUCUAUUCCCU